AUGCCUGACUCUGCAAGGAGUAUGGGAAGAAUGGUGGCGAGUCUAAGUCUGGGGGAAGAAAGCAACAAGGACGAAAACACUCCAACUGGAGCGACCCGUUUACCGAACUCGUCGAACCUACCUGAUGAUCCGUGGAGCGAGUUAAAAGCUCCCAAUGUUGAGCUAAAACCCCUUCCCAACGGGCUCAUAUACGCUUUCUUAGGUCUGAAUUCCACUUACCAUGUCAUUGUGAACGCUGAACUCAAAAAUGUGGAAACUGCACUGCUUUGUGUAAGCUUAGGAAGUAUCAUAAGGGUACUCAAAAGGUGUGAGGAGAAACAUCUGGUGCUAAAUUGGGAGAAGUGCCACUUCAUGGUUAGAGAUGAGAUUGUUCUAGGACAUAAGAUCUUUGAGAAAGGCAAUGAGGUAGAUAAGACAAAGGUCGAGGUUAUGAUGAGCUUGCACCCACCAACAACUGUGAAAGGUAUCAAAAGCUUCUUGGGUCACACAGGGUUUUACAGGAGCGAGUGCUUAGCUGCAUUCCAUACGAUCAAAGGAGCUCUAGUCAGCGCACCUGUUGUACAACCUCCAGACUGGGAUCUCCCUUUUGAGAUCAUGACUGAUGCUAGCGAUUUUGCAGUUGGAGCAGUCCUUGGGCAGCGCAAGGACAAGAAACUUCAUGUGAUCUAUUACGCAAGCAAAACCAUGGAUGAAGCUCAAUGCAGAUUCGCUACGACUGAGAAGGAACUUCUGGCUAUUGUUUUUGCAUUCGAAAAGUUCAGAUCCUACCUGGUGGGAUCAAAGGUGAUUGUGCACACAGACAAUACUGCUCUUAAGUACUUGCUCACAAAGAAGGAUGCAAAACCGAGAAUGAAGAUUGAGGACGACACAGCUCUUGAUGAAGAACACACAGUGAAACACGUCAACGCGAUUGGUCUGCGCUUAGCGGAACAACCCCUGAGCAUAACAACCGAUUGUUCUCGCGUACCGGAACAACCAGUAGCCGCGAUCCAAAAGCAGUACUCUCACCUCCCCUGGUUUGCUGAGAUUGCGAACUUCGUAGCUGCUGAAAAGGAACCACUUAAGUUCACUGGAAACGAGAAGAGGAAAUUCUUAAGAGAGGCGAGACAGUAUGUUUGGGAUGAACCGUACUUGUACAAACAUUGCAAGGAAGACAUAUUCAGAAGGUGUGUUCCAGAGGUAGAAAUUCCAGGGAUUCUACAUCAUUGUUAUGGUUCCUCUUAUGCAGGGCACUUCGCCACAUUCAAGACGGUUUCCAAAAUCCUUCAAGCAGGUUUCUGGUGGCCAAUUAUGUUCAGAGAUGCUCACGCCUACAUAGCUCGAUGCGAUGCAUGCCAGCGACUUGGGAACAUCACCAAAAGGAAUGAAAUGUCUCAGAAUUACAUUUUAGAAGUUGAGGUGUUCGACUGUUGGGGAGUCGACUUCAUGGGACCAUUCCCUCCGUCCUUCAAGAACGAGUACAUCCUGGUCGCCGUUGACUAUGUCUCCAAGUGGGUAAAAGCAGUGGCAAGUCCCACUAAUGAAGCAAAAGUGGUGACUAAGAUGUUCAGCUCCAUCAUCUUUCCGAGAUUUGGGGUGCCUAGAGUGGUCAUUAGCGAUGGCGGAACACACUUCAUCAACAAGUCAUUUCAGGGCUUGUUGAAGAAGAAUGGGGUGAAACACAAGGUGGCUACCGCUUAUCACCCCCAGAAGAGUGGACAGGUUGAAGUUUCCAACAGGGAAGUCAAGAACAUUCUACAGAAAACUGUCAAUACCUCGCGCAAGGACUGGUCGCUUAAGCUGGACGAUGCUCUCUGGACCUACAGAACAGCCUACAAAACGCCGCUAAGAACCACCCCCUAUCACCUGGUCUACGGUAAGGCUUUUCAUCUUCCUGUCGAACUCAAAUACAAGGCUGCAUGGACGGUCAAGUUACUGAAUUUUGACAUCAAGCCAGCAACUGAGAGGCGAUGA